AUGGCCACAACCACAGUGACCGGCCAUGGCCGACGCUCCUCCAUGCGCCAGACCGAAUUGCAAAUCCCAGCCAAGCCUUCAGACCCUCAAUCAACAAGCAGCCCAAUAGACAAGUUCCCACCGUACGAGGACACUAUCGAGAGCGUCGCGGGGUCAACCCGUCCCAAUCGGAGUGCUUCAGUAAAGUACUCCCCGAAUGAGCUCUGGGAACCCCGAAAAGCAAACUUCUACUCGCGCGAUUAUCCGAAUGGGACAUUGAGGAACCCCAAACAUCGCCCGCGGAAGAGCAUCAGCGAAGCCAUAUCAACAAUAAGAACUCGCAAUGGCAGUAUGAGUGCCAACGCCCAUGAAUUGGCCGAAGCACUUCGUGCCCCAGUCUCCUAUCGACUCACAGCCCUCUGUCUCAUUUGGUAUUUGACGUCCGCCCUCACAAACACCUCCUCCAAAUCGAUUCUGAACGCCCUCCCAAUGCCUAUAACAUUGACCAUGAUUCAAUUUGCAUUUGUCUCCUUCUGGUGUUUGUUGUUGGUGUAUCUUUCCACAGUGAUACCGCGGUUGCGACAAAACGUCCCUAUACUCCAGCAUGGAAUUCGCUAUCCAUCCCGGGAUGUUAUUUCUACUGCCUUGCCCUUGGCGGUGUUUCAAUUGGCCGGCCACAUCUUGAGUUCCAUGGCCACUGCACAAAUCCCGGUCUCUUUGGUUCACACCAUCAAAGGCCUUUCGCCUCUUUUCACGGUUCUGGCUUAUCGGGUUCUGUUCCGCAUUCGAUACGCCCGGGCAACAUAUCUAUCACUCAUUCCGCUGACUCUGGGCGUGAUGCUGGCAUGUUCGACUGGAGUGUCUACGAACUUCUUUGGAAUAUUUUGCGCAUUUGGUGCAGCUCUUGUGUUCGUUUCACAGAACAUCUUCUCCAAGAAGUUAUUUAAUGAGGCAGACCGCGCCGAGGCAGAAAUGCAAAAUCCAGGGCGACGCAAGUUGGACAAACUCAACCUGCUUUGCUAUUGCUCCGGGUUGGCAUUUUUCCUGACUCUGCCCAUUUGGUUUGUCACCGAGGGGUAUCCGCUGGUCUCUGAUUUCAUCCAUGACGGUGUGAUUUCACUCUCGGGCAAGCAGGGCUCUUUGGACCAUGGUGCCCUUUCCAUGGAAUUCAUCUUCAAUGGAGUAUCGCAUUUUGCCCAAAACAUCUUAGCUUUUGUGCUGUUGUCGAUGGUUUCUCCCGUAUCUUAUUCAGUUGCAUCGUUGGUCAAGCGUGUAUUCGUGAUCGUCGUGGCGAUUGUUUGGUUUGGCAGCUCGACCACUUCAAUCCAGGCAUUCGGGAUUGCUCUUACCUUCGUGGGCCUUUACCUUUAUGAUCGCAAUAGCCACGACGAUGUAGCUGACCAAAGAGCUAACGCGGAUCAUUUCCGAGCCCAAAAUUCCAUCCUGCCGCUGAACGUGCGGCAUUCAAGCAAACCGUGGGACUCCAACGGCUAUGCCUUCCCUGGUGGCAGGAAUUUUGAUGGAGCCGUCCAUGGCACGACGAACAGCUCCAAGAAGGAAGACGAUGCUCCCAGAAACGUGCGACCCCGAGGCGCCAGUGUUUCUCGUACGUGGUUACCCGGGACCAAACAAGAAUCUACUUGGCAAGUCAGUGAUUCGCAAGCUGCAGCCUAG